AAUGUAACCAUUUUACCCCUCACCCCGCCUUGUUCGUAGAUUUCUCUAAUCCCACAUCUAUCCAAGUCUCACUAACUCGAAGUUAUCGUCACACCAUGCAGAAAGUGGUUGCCAUCACGGCGCGCGGCGCCCGCAAUGUGGUCUCUGGCCGUCCCAUCCCCACCCUGCUCGAUGACUGCCUGCUCGUGAAGACGGUCAGCGUGGCUCUGAAUCCGACCGAUUGGAAGAGUGCCGACAGGGGACCUCCCGGCCUCACCAUUGGCAACGACUACUCCGGCAUCGUGGAAGAGGUCGGUAAAGGUGUCAAGAAGCAGUUUCGCAAGGGAGACCGCGUCUGCGGGUGGGUCCAAGGCUGCAAGCUUAACAACCCAGAAAGUGGCGCCUUUGCCGAGUACUGCAUCCCUAAAGCCGAUCUCCAAAUCGUGAUCCCCGAACGCCUCAGCUUCCAGGAGGCGGCCACGCUUGGCCUGGGAACCAUCACCGUCGGCCAGGGUCUGUAUCAAAGCCUGAAGCUCGCACCCCCAGACGCCCCGCUCACCAAACCCGAGCUGCUUCUGGUCUAUGGGGGUUCCACCGCCACGGGCACCCUGGCCAUCCAGUAUGCCAAGCUGUCAGGAUACACGGUGUUGACGACCUGUUCAAAGCAGAACUUUGACCUGGUCAAGAGUCUCGGUGCGGAUGCCGCGUUCGACUACAAGGACCCGAAUGCCAUCCAAGCUGUCAAGGACUAUGCCCAGGACCAGUUAAAGCUGGUCUUUGACACGGUCGGCGGGGCCGAGUUCUGCGAACAGGUGAUUUCCAGCCAGGGUGGUCACUAUUCGGCCAUCGUGCACGCAGCUGUUGAUCGAGACGAUGUGAAGAAUAGCUUCACCCUGGGGUAUACGGCCUUUGGCGAGGACUUUGACUUUGGCGGUGGUGUGAUCCCUGCGAAGCCCGAGGAUCGCGAGUUCGCGGCAGAGUUUAUGAGCAAGGCGGCGACGCUUCUGGCGGAUGGGAAGAUCAAGCCUCACCCGGCCAAGGUGGGAGCUGGGGGGUUGCAGGGCGUCUUGGAGGGCUUGCAGGCGAUGAAGGAUGGGAAGGUUAGCGGACAGAAGUUGGUAUAUAACGUGGCUGAGACGCCGUAAGGUUGGAGCUGCAGACAAGGCCGCAUUAGUACUAUCACAAUGACUGGACAAUGAGAUUCCUUCCUGUUACCUGUCAGA